AUUUGUGUGGUGGGAAGACAUCGACCGUGGCUGGUGGCUAUGGUGAUGCACAGUCGUUAUAGGAGGUGCCACGUGGGCACAUCCAAGAUCGAAUAUCAGAGUCAACCGCGGGAUAGUGUCGGGCUGGGCUGAUUCCGCGCGCUAACGGAGAAGCAGCAGAUCGAGAAGCUUCGAAGGCUGGAUCCAUGGAUCCAUUCAAGGUAGAGAGAUCUUCUUCUCUACAGCUAGACUGAAUCUGGGAGAUUGGGCGCUGUCUCGUCCAGCACUGUAGCUAGGGCGAUGUAGAGCUUAGAUCUAAGCGCGCUCCAGAUCCGAGAAUGGGCGAACGUAGCUGCUGCAGCAGGACCAGGCAGAGGAACAGCAGGGAUGGCGAUGCGAGCAUCAUCGAUCAAGUGUGCGAGCAUCCGUUGCUGCUGGAGAGCGUGCUUAGCAUCAUCUUUGGAAUGGUGGACAGCCCCGCGGAGAGGCGGGCGAUGUCCGAGGUGUGCCGCCAGUGGCACGCCAUGGACAGGGAGACGCGCAAGCACGUUUAUGUGGCCUUCGUCUACUCGGUGUCGCCCGCUACGCUCACUCGCCGCUUCCCCAACCUCCGGAGCCUCAAGCUCAAGGCCAAGCCGAGGGCCUACGAGUUUGAUCUCCUCCCCCACAACUGGGGGGGUCAUGUCCACCCCUGGCUUGAAAACAUUGGGCCCGCCUACCCGCAGCUCUCUGCGCUCCAUCUCCGCCGCAUGGAAGUCCGCGACCAGGACCUCUCCGCCGUCGCCACCGCCUACGCCGCCAGCCUCGAGACGCUCAAGCUCGACUUUUGCUCCGGCUUCUCCACCACCGGCCUGCGAGCCAUCACUGGAUCCUGCAAGUGCCUCAAGGUGCUCUACGUGGAGAACAGCUACGUCUCGGACGAGGGCGGGCAGUGGCUCAACGAGCUGGCGCUCCACAACCGGGUGCUCGAGGUGCUCGAUUUCCAGCUCGCCAUUGGCAUCUCCAAGGUGAACGUGGAGGACGUGAGAACCAUCAUCGAGAAGUGCCCAAACCUGACGUCCCUCAAGCUGGUGGAGGGCGAGGACGGGCUGGGCGAUGGGCUGAGGAAGGCCCUGGCGUCGUCCACAUCGCUCCGGGAGCUGGGCAUCUUCCUCACCGCGCAAGAGGAAGACGAUCAGGAAGAGAUCGAUCAGGGCACCAGCAGCACAGGCCAGCAAACAAUGAGAGCGCUGCUACCCAGAAAUCUCACCAGCAUCUCGGGGGAUAUCCCUCUCCCGCUCUACACCUCCGUGGCGGCGCAGCUCCUCAAGCUGGAUCUCAUGACCACUACCUCCAUCGAGGCGGAACAGCACCACGCCCUCCUCCGCUGCUGUACCAGGCUCCAAAACCUUCAGGUGCGGACAGUCAUCGGCGAUGAAGGCCUGGCCAUUGUGGGCGAGUGCUGCAAGGAUCUUCGCAAGGCCCGGAUCGAGGACCACAACGACGAGGGGACCUCGGUGUCACACACGGGUCUCAUGGCCCUGGCUCGCGGCUGCUCCAAGCUCGAGAAGCUGGCCAUCUACGUCGCGGACAUGUCCAACCAGGCGCUGGCCGCGGUGGGCAGCGGCUGCCCCGACCUCCGCGACUUCCGCCUCAUCCUCACCGAGGCCAACGAUCUGAGCAGCAUGACCGAGCUGCCGCUGGACGCCGGCUUCGACGAGCUCAUGCGCGGCUGCCACCGGCUAUCGCGCCUGUGCAUCUACGUCCGCCCCGGCGCGCUGUCCGACCACGGCCUCGUCCGGAUCGGCCACCGCGGCGCAAACCUCAAGGCCUUGCUCCUCGGCUGCUGUGGCGACAGCGAUGCCGGCUUCCUGGCCAUCGCGCGGGGCUGCAAGCGCCUCCAGCGGCUGGAGAUCCGCGACUGCCCCUUCACCGACGAUGGGCUGCUGCGCGGCGUGGGAUGCAUGGAGGACCUCAAGCUCAUGUGGAUCCAGGGAUUCAGGAUGGACGACUACGGGAAAUUGGACGUGCUGGGCGGGGAGAAGUACCGCAAUGUCGAGUGCACGCGCCGGGAUCCAAUCCAGUGCUUGAUCUACCGCUCGCUCGCCGGGCCGAGACUAGAUUGCCCCGAGGAGGUGGUGUCGCCGCAGGGAAAUGGGAUGCUCCGCCACAACUGGCUCACUCCAAGCGGUGGGCUCGUCGUCGGCUAAGUGACUAUUCCGUGUGUGUAUGAUUAUUCCAAGGCAUAUUCGUUUGUUUGUUGGGACGUUGAGGCAUAUGCCACUAGAUUCGCCACCAUUACCAUGUGGCAUACCAUAGUCAAGUGGGCCAUACCAAGUCGAGUUACGUCGUAGCGCUCCAUCCCCACGUGUGAUUGGUGGGGCCAGGCAACACGUGUGUCCAGUGGCCAGUGGCCAUGUCACGUCAUACUUUUUAUUUACAUAUAUAUGUUGGGUUGCU